CCUCUCUACAUCAGAGUCCAAGCAGCCUCAGACCCUGCUGAGGGCUCGCCAUGUCUCCAGCACUCAUGGCCCUCCUCUGCUCUGGGCUAUGUCUGGUCAAGAAGAUGGAGUCAAAGACAGAGUUCCUGCCCAAACCAUUGCUAUGUGCCUUGCCCAGAGCCAUGGUGGCGCCAGGGUGGAAUGUGACGUUGCGGUGCUGGCAGCCUGCCCAGUCUUCCCUCCAGGGGCUGAGGUUUGCUCUGAUGAAAGUGGGGACCACAGAGCCCGUACAAAGCCAAAGUCUUGGGGGGACUCAGGCUGACUUCUCCCUGCCAUCUGUGAGUGCUGAGAACACCGGGAGUUACAACUGCCUUUACUAUGAAAUCAAUGCCCCCCACAGGAUGUCGGAGCCCAGUGAGAUCCUGGACCUGUUGGUGACAGGAUAUCUCCCCAAACCCUCUCUCUUGGCCCGGCCAAGUCCUAUGGUGUCCCCAGGAGGGAACGUGACCCUCUGGUGUUGGCGGCCUCCCCAGGCAGACCUUCAGGAAGUGAAAUUUACCUUGCUUAAGGCUGGGACCCUAAAGCCCUUACAACACCAGAUCCCAGCAGAGAUCCAGGCUGCAUUUUCCCUCCUGUCCAUCAGGGCUGAGGAUGCUGGGAGCUAUACAUGCACCUACUCUGAGACAGAACCCCCCGGCAUGAUGUCAAAGCCCAGUGAUGGCCUGGAGCUAUUGGUUACAGGUUCUCUCCCCAAGCCCUUGCUCUCAGCCCUUCCAGGUCCUGUGAUAGCCCCAGGGUGGCACGUCACACUCCAGUGUCAGCAGCCAACCUGGUCCUCCCUCUGGGGGUUGACAUUUGCACUGUUUAAGGCUGGUGUCCCUGAUCCCAUACAGCAACAGAGACCAGUGGGGACCCAGGCUUCCUUCCCCAUCCUGGCUGUGAGGGCCCAGGAUUCAGGGAACUACAGCUGCAUUUACUACCAUUCGAUGAUACUUCAGCACAAAGCAUCAGAGCCCAGUGAUCCCCUGGAAAUCUGGGUGACCGACUCGACCCAACCAGGUUAUACUGUGCACAAUCUCUUUCGCAUCAGCCUGGUUGGGCUGGUCCUCGUUUGCAUUGGUAUACUUUUGGGCAGUGACUGGAACAGCCUGAGGAGUUGAGAAGAAGCCAGAGGAUCUCUGCCUAGAGCAGCAGGGCUGGACAGACAGGAGGCACAUCUUGAGAUCUAAGGAUUAUAUGGACAUCAAGUUGACCAGCAGGUGUUGUGGAAAAGAGAUCAGUCAACUCUGGACAGCUUAAGGGAACUGGACCCAAACCAAGCUGAGGUUCAGAGCUCACUCACUGUAGGAAGCCUUCUGUCCCCUUCCACAGGCCAAGCAGCACCUGCUUCCUGCUCUCCACCCUGUCUUCUCUCCAUGCUGAAUCACCAGGUCCUCUCCUCCCUAGCUUCCCUUCACACUCAUGCCAUAAAUGGGUGUCCGGAGACUCUACUAUUAAACAAAGUGAAAAGGUAAAGUGUAUUUCCCAAAUAACAAAGGUCCAGAAAGUUAUGAAAUUCCUGAAGACUAACAGUUCUCAGCUCUGACCUACCUUAUGUGUUCCAAAGCACUUUUUUUUACCUACUACUAGGUGGUUCAGUGGGUAGAGUGCUGUGAGUCACAAAGACCUGAGUUCAAAACCUCCUUCAGACCUUUAUCGGCUGUGGGAGCCUGGGUAAUUCAUGUAACACUUUCUCUUAGCCUCAGUUCCUCUAUCUGUAAAAAAUAACAGCGCCAACUUCAAAGGGCUGUUAGGAAUAUAAAAUGAGAUAUGUUUGAAAGUGCUUUGUAAACUACAUAGAUAUAGAUAAAUAAACACAUACCUAUAAACACGUGUUAUAUAAGUAGUGUGUGUGUAUAUAUACACACAUAUACACAUAUUUACAUGCACUUUAUAAAUUCUGGCUAUUAACAAUGUGCAAUGAUCAGCUAUGAUCGACGUAGCUCUUCUCAGCAAUGCAAUGAUCCAAAUCAAUUCCAAAAGACUC